AUGCCCCGGAAACCCCGUGGGCACGACAACCCCCGGGGAACCACUCAGCCGCUUGCCCCGCACGCCACCGCGGUGUCACCCUCCCCGCCGUCGCACCCCGGGACGCCCAUCCACACGCCCGCAGAGGAUAGGGCUAGAACAAGGGGACGGCGACAUAACCACAGGGGGUCGCCCGCGUGCCUCGGCGACCCGCACGCCGACCCCCACUCCACCCUGGCACCUACGCAGGACCCCCCCAUCUCCCUCCCCGGACCCCCGCCCCCCCAACCGAAAGGCCCUGCGAAGGUGCAGGCAAGGCCACCCGGAUGCCGGCGUCGGGGAGGGACCCCGGAACCUCGGAACCUCCCGACGGAACCUCCCCGGACCUCCCGACGGAACUCCACGACAGAACCCUCGAACGAAACCUCCAACGGAACCCUUAAUGAAACCCUUGAACCUCCGAUGGAACACCCAAUGAAACCCUGGAACUAA